GACACAUUCAAGUAGAGAUAUUUUAGAAGAAAAAAGAGUUAGUAAGUAUUAGAGAUGGCUUUUAUAUGGGCAACACUAGUUGUUAUAUUUGUUGUGUAUACCUUGCUAAACAACAUUCAAAAUAGGAAAAGGUAUCCUCCAGGUCCAAAAGGCCUUCCCAUUAUAGGACAUCUUCACUUGUUAGGAAAAAAUCCACACAAAGAUUUACAAAAACUAGCAAAUACACAUGGUCCAUUUAUGUAUGUUAGACUGGGACUAGUACCUACAAUCAUUGUCUCGUCUGCAGGCGCAGCCGAGAAGGUCCUCAAGACAUAUGAUCAUAUCUUUGCUAGUAGGCCUCAUAUGGAGGCAUCUUAUUAUUUGGCGUAUGAACAGAAGAAUCUGAUAUCCGCAAAGCAUGGACCAUACUGGCGUAACAUGCGCAAAUUGUGCACUCAGCACCUUUUGAGUAACCAAAAGAUCAAUUCAUUUCAAUCCAUGAGAAGGGAGCAAGUUGAGCUUAUGAUCAAAUCACUUAAAAAUGAUGAUCGCGUUGUAUUUGAUGUUAGUGCAAAGAUUUCGUCUUUGAGUGCUGACUUGACUUGCAUGAUGGUAUUUGGAAAGAAGUACAUGGAUGAAGAUUUGGACAAGAGGGGAUUCAAAGCUGUUGUUAAAGAGGUUGAGCAUUUAUCAGCAACACCAAAUCUUGGUGAUUUUUUUCCUUUUCUUGGUGUGAUUGAUCUUCAAGGACUCACUCGCCGCCUCAAGGAUCUUGCAAAGGUGUUUGAUGAGUUUCUUGAGAAGAUGAUCGAUGAACAUGUCCAGUCUCGUGAUCAGAAGCAAUCCAAGGACUUUGUUGACAUCAUGUUGGACAUUAUGCAAUCAGGAGAAACACUUAACUAUUAUGCUAUCCAAAGGGAUCCAAAUAUUUGGCCUGAACCUGAAAAUUUUUUCCCCGAGAGGUUUGUUGGGAGCAGUAUAGACAUGCGUGGACGUGACUUCCAACUUUUACCAUUUGGCUCAGGCAGAAGAAGUUGCCCUGCGAUGCCGUUGGGGAUAAUCAUUGUCCAUCUUGUAGUAGCACAACUGGUGCAUUGCUUUGAUUGGGAGCUUCCAAAUGGUAUGGAGCCUUGUGAUUUGGAUGUUGAGGAGCACUUUGGAUUAGCAACAAGCAGAGCAAAUCCUUUAAUGGCUAUUCCUACUUAUAGGCUAAACAAUGCUUAAUACAAUAUGGGUACGUACGUUGGCUGAAAUAGUUGGCCUUGAUUAAAUAAGAUCAUAGUUGGGUAAGGUCUACGUACAUUCUACCUUUCCUAGACUCCAUUUGUGGGAUUUCAAUGGCUACGUUGUUGUUGAAUAUCAUUUCACAAAUAAUGGAGUUGGUUGAAAUAGUUGGCCUUAAACAAAUAAGAUUUGUGCAAUGAAAACCGUUUAUUUUCUGCUUACCUAAACUAAACUGAAUGUCUCAGUGGCUUAACUCAGUUUUCAAGCAAUUUGUAAUAUGAAUUGUAGAAACAAAAUCAAUUCAUUACAUGUUAUGAUUAAUGUCA